AUGGACUUCACGACCAUCUUGAACCGAAAGAACUCUGCCGCUGCAGCCGCCGCUGCAGAAGCACAAUUACACCAGCAAUACCUGCAAAAUUCACAGUUGAACCAACCGCCAACCAUGAAGUCCGAGCCAGGUGCUUCGGACAACCCUGUCAACGCAUACCCUCCUCACCCUCCAGUCGUCCCCAUGGACCAAGGGCUUGCCGAGUCCUUUUACUACGGGCAACCCCCGGGCGCGACCCCUCGGAACAUGGGCUACGUCCCUGGUGGAUAUGCUGGUGAAGCUCAGAUGCAGCAAGCAUCUGCUCCUUCCGGCAGGACUCUUGUCGACGCGCCGCCGAAGACCUUCCACUGCGGGACCUGUAAUAAGGGAUUUGCUCGACGCAGCGAUCUCGCACGACAUGAGCGAAUUCAUACCGGGAUCCGACCUCAUGCCUGUGACUGGCCUGGCUGUGGAAAGCAGUUCAUCCAGCGGUCGGCGUUGACAGUACACUCGCGUGUACACACUGGAGAGAAACCUCACAUGUGUGAGCGAUGCGGCAAGCCCUUCAGCGAUUCGUCAUCACUCGCUCGACACCGCCGUAUUCACUCCGGAAAGCGACCCUACAAGUGCCCCUACGCCAAUUGCCAGAAGACAUUCACGCGCCGCACCACUUUGACCCGUCACCAAAACCACCACACUGGGACCAUUGAGGAGGCGGCUGCAGAGACGGAGGCCAAUCUGCGCCAAAACAAGGAACGGGGACGUGGCCCGGAGGGCAUGUUCUCAGAUCAUGCUUCGAUCCGCUCAACUCCAUCUCCUGCUCAGCACGCAUCCAUGUCGCCGGGUGGUGAUCUUCCUCCGCUGACGAUGCACCGCUCUGCCGGCGAUUACUACAUGGGAAAUGGGCCCAUUCCACCUCACGUCCGAGGCGACUUCCCCCAAGGAAGCCCUCGUGCCUCGCCCACGGCUACUUCUCCGUCACUCUCGAGCUUUGGCAGCGCGCCCCAUGCUCGGCCUUCGAUGACGUCGCACCCUUAUGCUCCUCCGCAGCCGCUUGAGCCCCCGGCGAACAGCGACCACCGACCCAACAGCGUCAGUGGCAGUCCCCACAUGACUAGCCUUGGAUGGGCCUCUCCAUCUCACGCCGGCAUGCCUUCGCCUGGAUCGGCCAACGACUUCGCCUAUCCUGAGCCCACUGGCCCGGCGUACCCGAGCUCGAUGCCUCCCCACAUGUACUUCCCCAACUCCACCAUCCGCCGACCCACGAGCACCGAGCCAGAGAACUAUGAGACCAAGCCCCGAAUGGGUGAUCACAGUUGGUCGACCCCGGUAUGA